GGAAACUCCCAUUGUUAUUUUCUCUGGGCAUUUUUCUUUUGUUUUAUACAUUUGUGUAAUGUGCUAACAAUCGUCAAAACAAUCUUAAUGCUGCACUAGUAUUUUGUAAGAUUUUACCAGAUUUCAGGUUGGCACUUUAUCGUCGAUGUUUGAAUGACAAAUGCAUCUCAAAGGGAAGGAAGAGAAAACAGUGAGAUUGCUGUUUCUUGCUUUGUAUUGGCUUCUAUGUAUGAUUGAUAAAAAUGAGUCCACUGAAAAGAAGAACCCUUAUUCCUUAAAACUUUUUUUCCACCUGAGAAACUAUAAUUGUUAUAGUUUAAAACUAAAACAGAUCUUAAACCAGUUCUUAAUGAGGUCUCAGCCUCAAAUUGACCCCAAAAAUGUAAUAAUCUUAGGCUUCAAAUGCGAUUACCAGAAUUUUCAAUGAUGAAUCUGAAUUAGUUUUCAUAACUAAUUUUUCUGUGGCAGUUUGCUUUGUUUACUUGUGGUACUCCAUGUACUCAGUGAACACAGAAGUUGAUUCUGCUUCUCAUUACAUUGUGUUGUUAUGAUAUUAUUACUCCUAAACUAAGUGAGAGAAAAUACUUAAGACAACAAUGCAUUUUUUGGUAGUUAAAAAAAAAAGCUUGUAUUGGUUUUCCUGGUAAAUAAAAAGCGAAAAUUUCCUGCUGGAACAGCAAAGGUACUUGAUAUUGCAUAGGGAAAAUUCUGCUCCCAAGGUAAACAGGCGCUGACCUCUGUGCAGACCUCUUUUCGCUGAGAAAAUGGAGAAGCAGAUGGCUGAUAUCCACCUCACACAUAGAGAGGUUCUGUAAGGAGCUGACAGGUGUCAAAUUACAGGGGGGGAGUUGUCCAUUUCAUCAAAAUCUGGAUUCAGACUGCCUUUCUCUGUUUAACUCUUAGGUUCUAUGUUAGUAUUAGUUUAUACGUCCGAAAUGCCUUCCUCACAUGAUCUCAUUCGUUAAAUGGGUGUUUUACUCUUCUCUUUCUCAUCAAAUUAGAGCGGUUCCUGAAUGUCGUGGGAGAGUCUGACUGGAAUGUUCUCGAAAUGCCACACGGCGAUAACACCAGAACUCUCAGGGGAUGAAUAUAGUACAUUUUUUUAGGGAGCUGUUCAGUUAUUCAGUAAAGCAAUAAUGCUGCACAACCCGCCCUUAAGUAAUGUCAUUCAAAUGUAUGUUAGAAGGUGAAGAGAGGGGUCUGUGUGGGUAAAUUGGUGAAUUCCGCAGUUCAGAUCACAUGCAGGUGACGACUGCAUGGUUGCACUGAAACUUCCAUCACAAUGCAGCCCUAGUAAAUGGGAUAACAGCAAUUAAAUCGGUUCUUGUACUGUACACUUUUACUAGACCAUUCUACUUGUUUUCAAAGUAGAGCACAGCCCCUCAGAGAAUAAAACAAGAAACGUCACAUUCCAGUAUUUCUCAUAAGAUUAAUGACAAAUGAGUGUUGCAGAAUGAAACACAAAGAACAGAAUCUGAGGAAGCAGUAACCCUUGCAAAGAUCAAGACAUUACAACAAUGAGGUUCAAAUAUACAAUAUCCCUGGUUUUCAUAGCAGCAUUUGUCAUCAUUGAAAAAGAAAACAACAUUAUUUCAAGGGUCUCCAAUAAGCUCACACGAAGGCAGAUUCCCAGAAUCCCACAGCCAUCCAAUUUUUCAAGACUUGCCCUGCUUAAACAACAUGGCUCCUAUUCCUCCCUUAGCGAACUGGAUUCAGAAUUCAAACACCUAAAAAGACGUUUGGAGAAUUACACCAUAAAGAUGGACAAUCUACAGGGUGGGAAGAAGCACAUCAUCUUGAUGGCCACCACUAGGACUGGCUCCUCGUUUGUUGGCGAGUUUUUCAAUCAGCAAGGCAGCAAUAUGUUCUACCUGUUUGAGCCACUAUGGCACAUAGAUAGAAUGUUCAUGUUAAAGACUGGACAAACUAAUCCCUCUGCUUUAGCUAAGGCCCACCAAGAUGUACUCCAACAGCUGUUGUUGUGUGAUUUCACCCUACUAGAGAAUUUCAUUCAACCCCCUCCAAAAAAUCAUAUCACCACCACUCUGUUCCGUAGGGAGUCCAGCAAAUCCCUGUGUGAGAAACCGGUGUGCACCCCUUUUGUCAAGAAGGUGGUUGAGAGGUUUCCCUGUAAGACCAGACGUUGUGGGCCAUUAAACCUUGCACUGGCAUCUAAGUCAUGCCACCAGAAGGAGUACCGGGCCAUCAAGACAGUUCGGGUGCAUCAGCUGGGAAACUUGAGGCCACUUAUGGAGAACCCCUUCCUAAACAUAAAGCUUAUCCAGUUGGUGCGUGACCCACGAGCCGUCCUGGCUUCGAGGAUGGUAGCUUUCUCUACUAAGUACAAGACCUGGAAGAAAUGGGCAGUGAACACAGAAGUGUCUCUCCAUCACAUGGAAAUAAAAAAGUUAAAAGCAAACUGUGAUGAAAUCAGGACAUCUGCUGAGCUGGGCUUAAAACAGCCAGUUUGGCUUCAACGACGAUACAUGCUGGUGCGCUAUGAGGACAUAGCCAGAUACCCCUUGAAGAAAGCAGCAGAGAUGUACAGGUUUACUGGGAUCCCGUUCACCUCUCAAGUGAAACAAUGGAUCCUUAAAAACACCCACGUUUUGAAGGAAACUGCUGGUGUGUACUCAACUCGGAAAAACUCAUCGGAGCAUGUGGAAAAAUGGAGAUUCAGUAUUCCAUUCAAAUUGGCAAAAGUUGUGCAGCGGGUCUGUGGAUCAGCUAUGAAGUUAUUCGGGUAUAGGACUGUGCAUAAUGAAGCUAUGCUAACUGACAAAUCUAUCAGCUUGAUCGAGGAAAAGAAUUUUAAAUUAAAAAAAUAGGUCAUUCACUGUCAUAAUGGUAUUAAUGUAUAACAAAGUGGUGGACUUUAGCUGUCAAAUGAGUGACUUUUAUAUAUUCCUGGUUUAAUGUCUAAGUAAGGAGGAAGAUUAAUAAUGCUGGAAAGUAAAAAUCUCUUUUAAACUAUGAAAACUUUUUUCACAGUUAUUUUACAGUAGAACCUUGGAACUUGACGCCUCCGAAUUUGACCA